ACUUGUAGUUCACCAACGCACACCUAUGCAUUUCCCAUACAUACACGGCUUUGCUUUCCGCAAGCACAUAUACAUACAUCCAUAGGUAGCGGUCAAGUAUAGGUAUAGACGAAAUGCGAAUCCGCCUGCAACGCUGCUGCAUAGAGUCUCUCGCGGCGCGUUACGUAUUAUAGCUCUGCUGCACAUCAACGUGCGAUAUACGUAAGUAUAUGUAUGGUGUGGGUAUAGCUAAAUGCGACGACGAAAGAGACUAUACAAGUGCAGCAGCCCCAGUCUCACACACUGGACACUGGACGUAUAGCUGAGCGCCCAUAGACUCGUAUAUCCGAUAUUAUGCGUGCUGCGCUGCAAGUGACGUUCACGCGGUGAGCCGCUCGUUGUUGUUGUUUCUUAUGUGUUUACAUGCAUGUGUGCGUGUUUAAUAUACCUACACACCUCGCGCGAGCAGAAGCCGAUCGCACACGCACGACGACACCGCUCCAGCUCCGCCGCGUUGCAGACUGCAAGUAGGUAGGCUUGUACGUCUAUAUGUGCGCACGACCAACGACUGACUGCUGCGAAUAAUUUGCCUUCAGUGCUCCCGUGCUGCUGCAGCGCGCGACAAUAACACGAUAUCGUAUACGUAGUACGUGCACUCCUGCGCCGCAGUUGCGAUCGUGUGUCCAGAGCGCUGAUCGCCUCCUUUUGCCUAUAUUUCAAUCUCGUCUUAGUUAGACUGCAACAACGACGGCGUCUUAUCCAGAAAUCGCCAUGAGGGACGUAACGCGAAAUGUCUCGCACUUUUCUUUAAAGGCCAUUUUUGCAAUACAUUUUCUACUUGUUGCAUGGUCCAUAGACAGUACAUACUACUCAGAGUCCAUGAUAUUUUAUAACUUGUUAUACUUCCUAUGUUUAUUGUGGGCAGUCCAUAGUGCUGAGUCAGAUGAGCCUAUUCAAUUUGCUCUGUUCAUUAGUGUGACUUCAGAGUUUUUGGACUUUAUCAAUUUGAUUGUUCACUCACCUUUUAGCGGCUCUUCAUAUAUCAAGUUUAGCGCCAGCAUGGUCAUAAUUAACAUGAUUGCACGUGUUUUAACAACUAUAUAUUUGCUUCGAAUUGGUCAAGCUAGAGGUGGAGCUCUUUCUACAAUCUUCACCAGUUCACCAAUGGGUCUUGGAAGACAAGAUUAUGAAGACAUUUCACAUCCAGUUCCACAAAAUUCAGAUUUCGCUAGAGCUUGAAGUUUUAUCAGAUUCUGUCACUCGUUGCUUUUAAUAUAAAAGAGCAUUACUUAGCUUUUUUUUUAAUUUAUGAGCUUUUUAUGAGUAACAGUCUAUAUAAUUUUCCAAAUGCAACAAACGAAUCAAUUUUUUACUAAAUUUUCCAUUUCGAUAUGAAUUUUGUGUUACAAAAAAGCUUUAAGACUUUCAAACAUUUUUCUCAAGAUUAAUACUGAAAGUAUAAUAAUUUUUAACAUUGCCAACUAUACUCAAUA